AUGGCCAGCAAACCAGGGGAUUACGACGCCGUGCGCAAGGAUAUUGCUGCCCAGUUGAAGAAGCCCGGCUAUGACGAUGGGAGCGCGGCGCCGGUGUUUGUGAGAUUGGCAUGGCACUCCGCAGGCACAUACGACAAGGAGACAGACACGGGCGGUUCCAACGGCGCCGGCAUGCGCUAUGAAGCCGAAGGCGGCGACCCCGCCAACGCAGGACUCCAACACGGCCGCGCGUUUCUCGAACCCGUCAAGGAACGACACCCGUGGAUCACAUACUCUGAUCUCUGGACGCUGGCCGGUGUCGUGGCCAUCAAGGAAGCCGGCGGCCCCGACGUCCCCUGGCAACCAGGCCGGACGGAUCUCGUCAACGACUCCAAGGUGCCUCCGCGCGGUCGUCUGCCGGACGGAGCCCAGGGCGCCGACCACGUCCGUCACGUCUUCUACCGCAUGGGCUUCAACGAUCAGGAGAUCGUCGCCCUGGUCGGCGGCCACAAUCUCGGCCGGUGCCAUGCGGACCGCUCCGGAUUUCAGGGCCCCUGGGUGAACAACCCGACCCGCUUCUCGAAUCAGUUCUAUAAGCUCUUGCUCAAGCUGGAAUGGAAGCCCAAGACACUUGAUAAUGGCAUCAAGCAGUUUGUCUUCGUGGAUCCGGAUUUCCCCGAUGACGAACCGCUCAUGAUGCUGCCCACGGAUGUUGCGUUGGCGACUGAUCCGUCCUUCAGGUCGUGGGUGGAGAAAUACGCCGAGGACCGCGAUCUGUUCUACGACCACUUCUCCAAGGCUUUCGCCAAGCUGAUCGAGUUGGGUAUCCGUCGUGAUGAGACGGGUAAGAUCGUCAACACUGAUAAUGUCCUGGGUGGGUAUGUUUCCGCGCCCAAGAAGAGUAAUACCCCUACUGGACCGGCGAAGGCGAAGCUAUAG